CAAGUGCAAACAGUGCAGUUUGACCAAGUGGAGAGUAAGAAGAAGAGGUGACAGCACUCGCACGCUAUAUUGUGACUACUUCUCCUGGAACACGACAGGACACAUGCAUUGGCAGAGAUGAUGGCAACAAGAGAAUAACUACAGCACAAAGAGGAAAUCCUGCAGUGUAAAACCUUGGGCAACCAAAAGAUGUAGUGGACUGAUCUAGCUUUUAUUUGUGAGAAAUAGUUUGCAGCAAACGUGGUUUUAUCACGUUCUUCACCGUUUCAGGGCUGUCCUUGCUAUGCCACUCUUCAGCUGGCCAAAAUGGUCCCAUUACACAUCCACACAGGCUGAAGCCUCGUCUCGGAGAAAUCCUGAGGACCAACCGAGCCAUGACUUGAUCCGAGAGCUUUUAUGCUAUGUGCAGGAUCGUGAGUGCACAGCCAGGAUGCUGGAGCUGGAGCACAAGCUUGCCCACAGCACUGUGGAUAACCUAUGUUUUCAGAGGUGCCCCAGGUGGCGGACCUUCAUCCCCACAUCAGAUCUAGACCAACUGGAACUACUGUGUGCCGGCAUCCCGUCUAUCCACACUGCAGCGGUACUCUCCAGAUUUCGUGAGGUGCUUGCAGACAGCAAAGUGAUGCCAUGGGAGCUGGAUUCCGUCUUCAAGCUGGUGCUGAGAGACAUCAACCAAAGGAAAUAUGGCGAAGAGCACAACUUCUCAAAGAAGAUGAAGCAGCUUCCAACAACGGCGUUUUGGACAAGCGGCAACAAAUUGGAGCAGCACGUUGUCAAAGCAUGCAGUAGUGAUGAAAAGCUAAGGGAGGAGAUCCCAACUGUGUCUGGAUAUGUGGACAGUGCCAUGCGGUGCACCAGUUUGCUCACAGCAAAAAGGGAGUGGGAAAUUCCAUCAUACUAUCCAGUUCCCAUGAGGCAAACAGAGGCAUGUAAUAUACCAAGAGGACACUCUCCUGAAUGAAUCUGAUCUCUUGAUUAAUUUGUCAAGUAUGUCUUCUGGGUAGAAAAUACAGGAUAUUUUACACUGACUACAUGGUUUGACGUUAAAACUGGGGUUGGGAAUCUCUGGCAUGAGGCCGAUUCGAUACAUACCGUAAUUUCUCAUGUAUAAUGCGCACCCCAGUCCACAUGUUUCAUAUUAGUUGAGAUAAAAAAAAAUGUGAUGUUUUAACAGGCCAUUUUCAGAUUUUUCAAUGGUGGCCAUCCCAUUCCUGACCACACCGAGAGCAAUAUAAUCGUCAUAUUUACAGCAAACUUCCCAGAAAGCAAGAAUAAUAAUAGUCCAUGUCGAUAUAGCUUUUAAUUGUGACGAAAUCCUAGGAACGUGUGAUUUUGGACGCCUAAAUUGAGGAAUAUUUUCAUCUUUGUCACAACCACAGAAAAUUUCAUCU